UAAUUUUUUAAUUUCCCACUUCCUUAAGAAACCCUCAAGAACCUUCCUCUUCUCUUCACAACUUUAUUUAUUCAUUCCUACUCUUAACAACUCUCUCUUCAUUUCACCCAAAACACUCAACUCUCGUACUCGUUCCGUUCCAAUAGAGUUGUCCGUUUUGUCGUCGUCGCGUUAUUUAAUUUAGAUCCGACACUUCGGAAAUUAUACUCAGAGCUUGAUAAUGGAUCUGGAUAAUCCAAAUAAUGAUGAUAAUGGAUUUAUGGGCAAAGGCUACGCUCUUAGCGGUAGAAUUAUGCUGUCGGCGAUUGUUGUGUUGUUUUUCGUUGUUGUUAUGAUGGUCUGUCUCCAUCUCUACGCUCGUUGGUAUCUUCUCAAUGCUCGUCGCCGCCAGCUCCGCCGUGCUCGUACCCGCCGGACGCAGCUUGUUUUCUACGUUGACCCGGCUAAUCCUCAGGCGAGUGGUUUUACUGCCCCCUCUGGUGGACUUGAUGCGGCGGUUUUGAAAUCUUUGCCUUUGUUUGUUUACUCGUCGAAGACCCACCCGGAUUCUAUUGAGUGCGCGGUUUGUUUGUCGGAGUUUGAAGAAAACGAAACGGGUCGGGUGUUACCCAAAUGUGAUCACUCGUUUCAUAUUGAGUGUAUUGACAUGUGGUUUCAUUCUCAUUCCACGUGUCCUAUUUGCCGGUCUCCUGUUGAACCCGUAGCAGAUAAUCCUGUUUCUGAAAUUAAAGAAGUCGGCUCGGGUUCUUGUUUACCCGAGAGCCACACGGAUGCGUCUACGUCGUCGUUUAAUGAAAGAUGCAGCAUUACUGUUGAAGUCCCUAGAAGAAACGGAAUUUUGGAGGACGAGUCAGCCACCGAGUCACCGUCGUCUUACAGAUCGCCGAUGAGUCGUAUGUUGUCGUUUACGAGGAUGUUAAGUAGAGAAAGAAAAGGAAACGCGUCGUCUCCGUCAGGUAAUGCUGUGAGUGGCGGUGCCGGGUCUUUGAACGAGUCAGAUAUUGAGAAAGGUAGAGAUGAGACCAAUCGGACUCAAAUUAAACUCGGUGGUGACUCAGUUGUUUGAGUUGUAAGUGACACGUGGCAGUCUACAUUUUUUUCAUUUUGAUUAUAAGAGAAACAUUCGGCUACUGUCAGAUGUAACUAGGCUCGAGGUGGUGGCUAAGAUUUUUAGGAAAGGCGGCAAAUUUUUGUAGGCUUGCGGAUUGUGAUGCCGAUGUUGUGACUUCUGACUUUGUAUAUAACUUUUCUAUUUUUCAUUUCAUUGAUUUAAUCUUGUUUUUUUUUA